ACAAAAAUUAACCACAUUAAAAAAUGCUCAAAUAUAAAUUUAGACAACCUAAGACCGUAAAGUGGAUUCUGUUUUACAGCAUCGCCAGCUCGUUUCCCUCUCUGUUUAUUUUACCCAAAUGUCGGUCCCUGCAUCAUCUUCAGAAACGGAACUAGCAAAGAAAAAGUGUAUACCAUGUCAAUCAAAGGACAUUAAACCCAUAUCUGAAGAAGAAGCAAAGGAAUUACUACAGCAGAUACCAGACUGGGGUAUACUAAAUGAAGAUGGAAAAUCAAAGUUGCGUAGAUCAUGGAAAGUGAAAAGCUUUAAGAAAGGAUUGGAAUUUUUUGAGUGUGUUGCUGAUCUUGCUGAGUCUGAAGGUCACCAUCCUGAUCUUCAUCUUGUUGGGUGGAAUAAUGUCACUAUAGACAUAUGGACACAUUCAAUAGGCUAUCUAUCUGAGAAUGACUUCAUACUUGCAGCAAAAAUAAAUACCCUUGACUUAGAACCGUUUCUAAGGAAAAAACCUGUCACAAAGUAGUGAUAUACAAAGCCUAAAAUGGCAUCUGUAUAAUUUGAAGUUUGAACGCCCUCUGGAGAGCUAACUAUAUCAUGUGUUAAAGGGUUAUAUGAACUAAUUCUGUAAUAAUAUGUUGUGUGAACUUUUCAUUUGUUAUUUGUAGAUUUUAUAUGGUUUAUUAGAGAACACUCAUUUGUUUUCUGAAUUACUGGAUUGAAUGUUUGUGCUUGGGUAACCUCAAAAAAUUACCUUAUUCUAGAUUCCUAGAACAUACCAGCAUUAAACUUUAACUUGCUAUGAGGCAUGUCGAUGUAUCUUCUUCUGUGGUAGAGGUUUAUCAUACUGUUAUGCAUUGAUAACUUAUAAUGAAUGAUAAUGCUGAUGCAGUCAACCUUUUUUGUGCAAAUAUAAUACUUAUGAGCUUCUAGUGCUUAUGGAAGCAUCCAACAAAUUUAUCCA